AGCGAAACAGUUCCAUUUUUUUCCAUCUCUUUAUACAUUCUCUCUCUCAUUUCAUUGUUCACAGAUAUUAUACAAUCUCUUUCCAUUUCUUAGUUGCAGACUCACAGUGCAGAGAGAGAGAGAGUGGGAAAAGCCCAAAGAAGCUUCUCUUUCUUCAUCUACUUGAUUGUAACUGAGUCUUUGGUGUAAACAGCUUCUUCUUCUUCUUCUUGUUUAAAAGGCAUUUUGUGCUUUUGUGGGUGUUAAUUACUGUGAUUUAAGGUUGCUGGUGAGGCUUUGAUGUCUGCGUCUUUGGAGCAUGAUUACAUAGGCUUAUCGGAGCCUCCUCCUUCAAUGGAAGGCUCUGAGAGGAAAAGUGGGGGCUUGAACCUUAAAGCCACUGAGCUGAGACUUGGCCUCCCUGGGUCCCAGUCACCUGAGAGAGAUAACGUCUACCCGCCUGGGGUGAUGAAGAACUUGUUGGGAGUGUCUGGGGCCAAGAGGGGCUUCUCUGACGCCAUUGAUGGAAGUUCUGGCAAGUGGGUUUUCUCUGGGAGUGGCGGAUCUGAGGCUGAGUUGGGUAAAGGUGGGAACUUGUUCUCUCCCAGAGGUAAUAAUGGUGUGGGGAAGGGUGGUCUUGGAAGUGGGUCGGAGGGUAACAAUCAGAAUACGGGUUUGGGUGGUCCGGGUUUGAAAGAUGGUAAUGCUGUUGGUCCUCAGUCGCCUAAGCCGUUGCAGGAGAAGAAGCCCCAGCUCUCUGCUCCUGCGGCAAAGGCACAGGUUGUGGGAUGGCCACCAAUUCGCUCUUUCCGGAAGAAUUCAAUGGCUUCUCAUCCUCCAAAGAGUGACGAUGAUGCAGAGGGCAAGUUGGGAUCUGGAUGUCUUUAUGUCAAGGUCAGCAUGGAUGGUGCUCCAUACCUGAGGAAGAUUGAUCUCAAAACCUAUGGCAGCUAUAUGGAACUCUCUUCAGCAUUGGAAAAGAUGUUCAGCUGCUUUACAAUUGGUCAGUGUGGCUCUCAUGGAGUUCCAAGCAGAGAUGGAUUGAGCGAGAGUCGUCUUAUGGAUUUACUCCAUGGUUCUGAAUAUGUACUCACCUAUGAAGACAAAGAUGGUGAUUGGAUGCUAGUUGGUGAUGUUCCCUGGGAGAUGUUCACUGACUCUUGUAAGAGGAUGAGGAUAAUGAAGAGUUCGGAGGCCAUUGGGCUAGCUCCAAGGGCAAUGGAAAAGUGCAAAAACCGUAACUAGUGCAACACAAGCGCAAUGGAUGGUUAUGAUAGUCUAAUUAAAGCAUAAUGAUCAUGGAUGUGGUUUCUAUCUACAUGCUGAAAGCCAUGAAUGGGCCUCAAAAUUGGCCCCGCUGUUUCCUUUCUAUGUAAUGGUUCUAAAUGUUGAAGAUUUGAUGUAAUGGAAAAAACAAUGUAGUAGGUAAGAUAUAUCAUCCUAGAUGGUCCCAGGUUUCUUAGGUUCCCCCCUCUCUCCUCUCUCUUGCUGUCAUGUAAUCCGAUUCUGAUUGCUGGUUGUUAAGCUUACAGUAUUAUGUAAAUGGUUUGCUUGCUGUA